AUGCAUGCUAACCUCUCCUUCUCCCCGCAGUCCCACCGUAAGUUCUCGGCGCCGCGUCACGGCUCUCUGGGCUUCCUGCCCCGCAAGAGGAGCCGACGCCACCGUGGAAAGGUCAAGAGCUUCCCCAAGGAUGACCCCAGCAAGCCCGUGCACCUGACGGCCUUCCUGGGCUACAAGGCCGGCAUGACGCACAUCGUCCGGGAGGUGGACAGGCCUGGCUCCAAGGUGAACAAAAAGGAGGUGGUGGAGGCGGUGACCAUCGUGGAGACCCCCCCCAUGGUGGUGGUUGGCGUGGUGGGCUACGUGAACACCCCCCGAGGCCUGCGCUCCUUCAAGACCAUCUUCGCCGAGCACAUCAGCGACGAGUGCAAGCGCCGCUUCUACAAGAACUGGACCGGUGCCAACCCCUGUCACUCCACGCUCAGGUACAAGUCCAAGAAGAAGGCUUUCACCAAGUACAGCAAGAAGUGGCAGGACGACGAGGGCAAGAAGCAGCUGGAGAAAGACUUCUCCGCCAUGAAGAAGUACUGCCAGGUGGUCCGCGUCAUCACCCACACGCAGAUGCGGCUGCUGCCCCUCAGGCAGAAGAAGUCCCACCUCAUGGAGGUGCAGCUGAACGGAGGCUCCAUCUCCGACAAAGUGGACUGGGCCCGCGAGAAGCUGGAGCAGGCCGUGCAGGUCAACACCGUCUUCACCCAGGACGAGAUGAUCGACACCCAUCGUGGUCUGAGGAAGGUGGCCUGCAUCGGGGCCUGGCAUCCUGCCCGCGUGGCCUUCUCUGUGGCCCGCGCCGGUCAGAAGGGCUACCACCACCGCACGGAGAUCAACAAGAAGAUCUACAAGAUCGGCCAGGGCUACCACACCAAGGACGGCAAGCUGGUGAAGAACAACGCCUCCACCGAGUACGACCUGUCCAACAAGAGCAUCAACCCCCUGGGCGGCUUCGUCCACUACGGAGAUGUGACCAACGACUUUGUGAUGGUGAAGGGCUGCGUGGUGGGGACCAAGAAGAGGGUCCUGACUCUGCGCAAGACGAGCCGCCGCGCGCUGGAGAAGAUCGACCUCAAGUUCAUCGACACCACCUCCAAGUUCGGCCACGGGCGCUUCCAGACGGUGGAGGAGAAGAAGGCCUUCAUGGUGAGGCCCGGCCCUGUGUGUGUGUAUUUUCCUGCACUGUUCGUAACCUGGUUCAGCUCCCCAUGUGGACUCGGGUUCCAUUCCAGUGCCAGAGCGACCCCCAGUGAGGCAGGGGAGCAGUGCCUGUUUGUGCUGGCUCCCUGUUCACUCUCUGGGAACAAUGGCCUCCUGGCCCACAGCAGACCCGCUGCCCGCCUCUGCUCAGAGCUGAUGGCUCCUCUCUCUCUCCUACAGGGACCCCUCAAGAAGGACCGCAUCGUCAAGGAGGAGACGGCCUAG